AUGCUUCGCAUCAAGAUCGAUGGUGAUCAAGAACAAGGAACUAUACUUAUCGAUACUUUGAAAUUAUCUGAACAAAAGUCAGGCAUAAAAAUUCUAACAAAAAAAGAUGUAUUAACACUUUAUUUAAAUAAUCGAAAUAUUCAAAGUAUUCCAUCACUUGCAAUAUUUCCUAAUUUAAAUUGUCUUUCAAUUGAUGGAAAUCAUCUUCAAGAUCUUGAAUUUAUUAAAACAAAUUUUGCAUUAGCAGAACUUUAUGCAGGAAAUAAUCAUAUAUCGAAUAUUAAAGGAUCACUUAGUCAAUUGAAAAAUUUACGUAUACUUCAUUUACAAAAUAAUCAAAUAUCAAAUCUUAACAAUCUUACCUAUGAAUUACGACAUUUAAGUGCACUUGAAGAUCUCAAUUUAUUUGAUAAUCCAGUAACUUUUGUUCAUGGUUAUAGAUCAACAAUAAUUGAUUUACUUCCAAAACUACGUGUUCUUGAUCGAAAGGCGAUUUCAAAUGCAGAUCGAAUUCGAGCAUUUAAUGAUCGUCAUCCUGAUCGAAAAAAAGUACUUAAUCGUAUUGGAUUUGCUUAUCAUCUCGAACCAAAACAGAAACAAAAUUCAUUAGAAAAGAUAACACUUUAUUCAUCAUUACCAUCGGUAACAAAACCUACAGUACAGAUCAAAGAAAACAAUCAGAAUUGCCAAUCGCAUGAACAAUUGUUAAAUGAAGUUAUACGUAAUCGAGCCUUACGACGUAGUUUAACUGAAUAUUCACAAUUUGAUUGGAACAAAAUUCCAGUAGGUGCUGAAAAACGUUUGAUGGAAGCAGAAAAUGCAGUAACACAACCCGAUGUCAUUUCUAUCUUUUUCCAAUAA